AUGAAAUACGAACGAGUGACAUCGCAACCCGAGAAUCCAUACUCCAAACUCAUCCCCGAACAAAAGAUUGCCGUUAUUCCAGAGUUCGACCUCGAGAGCGGCGGUGUGCUUUAUAAUGUGCCGAUAGCUUACAAGACGUAUGGCACUCUGUCGCCUGCCUGCGACAAUGCCAUGGUCAUCUGCCACGCCUUGACUGGUAGUGCCGAUGUUGGCGACUGGUGGGGUCCUCUGCUUGGAGGUCCUGGCAAGGCCUUUGACAUGUCGCGCUUCUUCGUUGUUUGUCUGAACAGUCUGGGCAGUCCGUAUGGAAGCGCGAGUCCGGUGACGAGCAAGGACGGCAAUUCACAGAACGAGCAUUACGGACCAGAGUUUCCUUUGACCACUGUCAGAGACGACGUCAACAUCUUCAAGCUAGUGCUGGACGACUUGGGCGUCAAACAGAUUGCUGCUGUGGUUGGAGGUUCCAUGGGAGGUAUGCUCGUGCUGGAGUUCGCCUACUUUGGCAAAGACUACGUGCGCUGCAUCGUACCCAUUGCUACAUCAGCUCAAUACAGCGCUUGGGGCAUCAGCUGGGGUGAGGCUCAGAGACAGAGCAUCUACAGCGACCCCAAGUACGACGACGGAUAUUACACCUUCGAGGACCCCCCAUCCACCGGUCUCUCGGCCGCUCGCAUGUCAGCACUGCUCACCUACCGCAGCCGCGACUCGUUCGAAUCCAGAUUCGGUCGCAACACUCCCGAUCCUUCGCGCAGACAAAAUAUCAAUGGUUCCCUCCGACCUUCAACGCCCUCGGGCGACCACUUUGCCAUCCACAACGAAGGCCACAAGAACGCCGGCUCUCCUCGCUAUUCCCGCGUCAACAGCUCUGCCGAUUUGUCCACCUCAAUCGAAUCUCUACCUCUCGCCAACACACCUCCCCAAAUGACCAUUAUGGACCCUCAAUUCCACGGCACCACACCGCUGCCCACCAAUGCCGCUCCUCCCUCUGCCGCAAGCCUCCGCCUCAAACGUACACCCACCUACUUCUCCGCCCAAUCCUACUUACGCUACCAAGGCGAAAAAUUCAUCAAGCGCUUCGAUGCAAACUGCUACAUUGCCAUCACUCGCAAACUAGAUACCCACGAUGUGUCACGGGGCCGUCUUCCUGCUGAUACACAAACAACCACACCUGUGGCCGACGCUUUGGCGUUGAUCGAGCAACCGACACUGGUACUGGGUAUUCAAUCCGAUGGCCUCUUCACCUAUGCCGAGCAAAAAGAAUUAGCAGCUGCCAUCCCCAAUGCCACACUCAAGAACAUAGAUUCUCCCGAAGGCCACGAUGCAUUCUUGCUCGAGUUUGAACAGGUCAAUAGAUUCGUGUUGGAUUUCUUGCAUGAAGUGUUGCCCGACGUCAUGGCUAGAGAGCCAGUCGACUUCGCCAGUGGUCAGGGUGUCGAGGGCGAUCAAGCAGUAAAGACAUCGACAUUUGGUGAGGCCGAAGUUGGUGAUAUCACAGCUUGGUAG